GUUGUCUAUUCUUUCCUACCCUCCCACCCCCCUUCACCCCUCUCCAAUCACAGCAUAUAGAAUGCCUACUUCUCUGCAUACAGUAAGCACUCUUGAAAUGUUUGAGUUAUUGAAGACACAAUGGAUCUAUUAUGACAUCACCAGGACUGGAAUACCAUGGUUAACAACCAAUUAGUGACAGGGUAGACCACAAACUCUGGGAGCAGGAAAGACCUCUUCCAGCUUCCUCGUGGAUAUUAUCAUUUGCCUAUACUCGGUGAAGAGAAGAAAUAAAAGAAAAUCACUCAACUUUUCAAUAUAGUUAUCAAAAUGCAAAGUGGGAUAGACAUUGAAUCUGAAUCAGACAAAGAAGUAGUGGAUUCCACCAUCACGUCCAUAAAAGCCCUGUAUAAAUCAGAGGUCCCUAAGCUGGAGAUCCCACUGGCAGUGCAGAAUGUCAUCUCUAGAAUUGAGCACGCACAGCUUUGUCGAGCCAGAGAGGACAUUAAUAUGCAGCUGGCUGACAUACUGUUCAAUGUGCAGCGAAUAAUCAAUCGCUACACUGUUGAUGAGAAUGUGCACUCCGGAAGGAAAAUCUCCCUUCCAGAACAUAAGAAAUGGAGAAUAAAUUUCCUGGAUAAAAUAGUUACUUAUGCUAAGAACAGUGAAAUUAGAGAAAAGACUCUUUUGCACAUCCUGGUCUGGUUGGAAGAAUGGAAUGCCAUUUUGUCUGAGAUGACUGCAAUUGAUAUUGAGGAACACCAUCACUGGAUAGCAAAAAUGGAGUUUUUACCAGAAAUGUACAAAGCUAUUGAGAGCAAUGUCAAGAUACUGAGUAGAAUUAGUGUAUCUUUAUUUGAAGAAAAGAAGAGACAAAAGAAAAAAAUGACAUCUAGAGGUACUCUAUGGAAAUCUUGGAAAGAAAGGGUUAUAAAGCGACCUGCAACAGCUCAUGCUUUAAGACCAGAUCAGAUGAUUAGUGAUGAAUUUGCAACAAAUACAAAGGUUUCAGAAAUCCAAGAUAUGCUACAGGAACUCAUAAACACUGCAAUGUUCAAUAAAUUGGAAAACAAUGCUAUUAAAUAUAUAUCAUCAACAAUAGUAAACCUUUCUAAAGCUUUGAAUACACUAAAUGAUGAAGUAAAAGUUUUUACUCUCCAAAGUGCUAAUAUGUAUAUAAAUGAGACAAGUGAAAAAGAAAAAGAGCUCUCUCUGAAAAUAAUACGAGAUCUCAGUGAACAAAAUGAAAUACUUCAGCAGAAACUUCAAGAUGCAGAAGAAAAAUAUGAACAAUUUAUUUGGUCCAAAGGUAUUGUAGAGCAACAACUACCUACAGCAUUACCCACAUCAACCUUGAAAGCGUUGCCUGAGCUUUCUCCACAAUCAUCCAUUGCCAUUAGCAAAACUGACAUAGAAGACAGUAUGGAAAAUAUUUUGGCUAAAGAAUUUGAAAACAUUAUAGACGAGGCCCAAACACAAGAGACCAAAGCCUCGGGGAUCCAGUGGGACUCAGCAUUUUCAUAUACAGCCCCAGCUGAAAUGACCCCAGAUUUAAUUGAACAGCAAUACCCUUUACCUGAAAAAAACCAAAAAGAGUCUUCUGAAGGUAUCACUGAAGAUAAGGUGUCACUGAAGAAAGAUGAUGACCAGUAUCAAUCACGGAAGAAAAAGCAAAUUAAAGGCUCAUCUAUGGAUGAGACCUCUGGAUCACAUCUGAGUGAUGAUAAAGGUAAACAGAAAGAGACCAAACUUGAUCAUGACUUGGAGCUACAGGCACUGGAAAAGAAUAGAAAAGAAAUGAAAUCCUUUUCUGAAGCCAAACCAAAGUCAUUCGCAGAAUCAAAAAGUCGCUAUGUCCCUACUGAUUACCCUUCUACUGACACAAAAAGACAAAGUGGCAAAAGUGGAACAGGUAGUAUGUGGGAAAGACUCAGGAAGGUCAAACCUGAAUAUUCACAUGACAAAAGCCAGAUUUCUUCAGAGAAUAAAGAAGAACCCACCACUGAGUCAAUGGACAAAGAGAGCAAAAGUGAGAUGAGUAGCCAAGCAGAGCAAUUCAAAUUGACUGAACUUGGUUAUUCCUCUGAGAAAAUGAAAACAAAAGGGAAGAAACGUCAGAUCUCUCCAAGAACCACCACAAGCAAAGAGGGAAAAACUGAGGAUAUCAUAGUCUUAGCCAAGAAAUGCAAGUCUCCUGAACUUGUUAAAUCACAAUCUAGGAUAGCAAAGGAGACUUCAGAAUCUACCAGAGUUCUAGAAAGCCCAGAUGGCAAAAGUGAAGAGGGUAACCUAGAAGAAUUUCAAAAAGCUAUAAUGGCUUUCCUAAAUGAGAAAAUUGAUAACAUAGGAAAGCCUUUGGAUAAAAAGGCUGUGCCAAAAGAGGAGUUAUUAUUAAAAACAGCAGAGGUCGAAAAAUUAGAAAUCAUAAAGGCAAAAAUGGAGGAAUACUUCCAAACUGUGGCUGAAACUGUGGCAAAAAUCUUGAGAGAAUACAAAGACAUAAAAAAUGCAGGACAAGUUGGAGAGAAACCUAUGAAACGAAAAAAGGAAGUCUCAUUUAUGCCAGGAUUGCAUUUUCAGAAGCCAAUUAGUGCAAAGGCUGAAAUUAGCACCUUACUCUCAUCUAAGAGCAUGGACCCAUUAAUUGACAAUUUAAUACAAAUGAUCUUGACUGAAAUAGAAGGUGAAAGAGAUGCUCCAGUAGCCUCAACAGUAGGGAGAGACCACAAGGAAAAGGAAAAACAGAGGUGGGAUGAAUAUUUGCAAGAAGGUCAAGAAAAAGUAUUUGGUGAGGGUCUCAAACACCAUUUGCAAGAGGAAGGGAGUUUCUGGAAAAAGAGCCAUGAGCUGAUAAGUAAAAAAUUGGAGAAGGAAGAGUCAUGGCUCCAAAUGAAGGAGAGAAAGCAGAGGCAACAGAAGCAGAAAUGGUGGCAGGAAGAGGAAGCAUGGAAGGAACAACAAAAACAGACUGAGCAAGAUGUCGAGCAAAUGCAAAGAAAAGAGAAAGGAUAUCAGAAGCCAAAACAGCAGCAGCUGGAGGCAUGGAAUCAAGAAAUGGAAGAACAAUUGGUACCCCUGGAGGAGGAGGAGGAGGAGCAGAUGAGGCCAGUUCAGAAGGGACUGAGACACCCGAAGCUAGAAAUAAAUAGGGAGAAAGAAGAGAAGCAGAAGCCAAGGAGAAACAUAGAAGACCAUGGAAGGCAGAAGCAGAAAAAGACAAAGGAUCAGAGGAAGAUCAAUGAGAAAAGUUCUGACACACUAGAAAAGAUGUUCAGCCAAACUUCAGUGAUGGUGUCUCCCAAAUGGAAGAGCAUACCGAAAGUAGCAUCCCAGUUACACCAAAGAAAAGUGUUCCAUGGACAUCUGAAGACAUUAGAAAAUUUUGCUGAUGGAAAGCACCCUAUACCAAUCACUCCUUCUCCAUCGACACAAUCGCCAUCACCUGGGGCCUUUCCAAUUUCUGGACAGUCUCCCACAAAGACCCUCACUCUAACUCCUCAACAGGCCCAGGAACUGGAGAUCACUAUCACCCCUCAAAAGACCAAAGAACUAGGCAUCAUUGUGGCCCCAGAACAGGCCCAGGCACUGGGGAUCAGUCUUACCCCUGAGCAGACCCAGGAAAUGAGCAUCACUGACACUCUUCAAAAGGCAUUGGGGAUCACUGUCACUUCUCAACAGGCUCAGGCACUUGGGAUCCCUCUCACUCCUGAGCAGGCCCAGGCACAGGGGAUCACUCUCACCCGUCAGCAAGCACAGGCCUUGGGAAUCACUCUCACCCCUGAGCAGGCCCAGGCACUCAGGACCACUGUCACUCCUCAGCAAGCCAAGGCACAAGGGAUCACUCUCACCCCUCAGCAGGAACAGGCACUGGGGAUCACUUUCAUACCUGAGCAGACCCAUGAACUGGGGUUCACCUUCACUGAUAAGCAGGCACAGGCACAUGGGAUCACUCUCACCCCCAAGCAGGCCCAGGAAUUGGGGAUCACCCUCACUUAUGAGCAGGCCCAGGCACUGGGGACCACUGUUAUUCCUCAGCAAUCUCAGUCACAGGGGAUCACGCUCACCCCCGAGCAGGCCCAUGAACUGGGGUUCACCUUCACCGAGGAGCAGACCCUGGCACAGGGUAUCACACUCACCCCUGAGGGGGUCAAGGCACCGGGCAUUACUGUCACCCCUGACCAAGUACAGGAAAUGGAGAUCACUGUCACCCCUCAGCAGGCACAGGCACUGGAGAUCAUGGUCACUCCUGAGCAGUCACAGGCACAGGGCAUCACUCUCACUUCUGAGCAGGCCCAGACACAGGGGAUCACUCUUACCCCUGAGCAGGCACAGGCAGGGGGGAUCACUCUAACAUCUCAGCAGGCCCAAGCACUGGGAAUCACUCUGAGCCUUGAACAGGCCCAGACCCAGGGGAUCACUCUCACCCUUGAGCAGGCCCAGGCACUGGGGAUCACUCUGACCCCUCAGCAGGCACAGGCAGGGGGGAUCACUCUCACCCCUCAGCAGGCCCAGGCAAUCAAUCUGACCCCUCAGCAGGCCCAGGCACUGGGGAUCACUCUCACCCCUCAGCAGGCACAGGCAGGGGGGAUCACUCUCACCCCUGAAAAGGCCCAGGCACAGGGGAUCUCUCUCACCCCUGAGCAGGCACAGGCAGGGGGGAUCACUCUCACCCCUCAGCAGGCCCAGGCAAUCACUCUGACCCCUGAGCAGGCCCAGGCAGGGGGGAUCACUCUCACUCCUCAGCAGGCCCAGGCACAGGCGAUCACUCUGACCCCUGAGCAGGCCCAGGCAAAAGGGAUCACUCUCACCCCUGAAAAGGCCCAGGCACAAGGGGUCACUCUCACCCAUGAGCAGGCACAGGCACAAGGGAUCAUCACUCUUACCCCUGAAAAGGCCCAGGCACAGGGGAUCACUCUCACCCCUGAGCAGGCCCAGGCACAGGGGGUCACUCUCACCCUUCAGCAGGCACAGGCACUGGGGAUCACUCUGACCCCUGAGCAGGCCCAGGCACAAGGGAUCACUCUCACCCCUGAAAAGGCCCAGGCACAGGGGAUCACUCUCACCCCUCAGCAGGCCCAGGCACAAGGGAUCACUCUGACCCCUGAACAGGCCCAGGCACUGGGGAUCUCUCUCACCCCUGAGCAGACCCAGGCACAGGGGGUCACUAUGACCCCUGAGCAGACCCAGGCACAGGGGAUCACUCUCACCCCUGAAAAGGCCCAGGCACUGGGGAUCACUCUGACCCCUCAGCAGGCACAGGCAGGGGGGAUCACUCUCACCCCUCAGCAGGCCCAGGCAAUCAAUCUGACCCCUCAGCAGGCCCAGGCACAGGGGAUCACUCUCACCCCUGAGCAGGCCCAGGCACAGGGGGUCACUAUGACCCUGGAGCACACCCAGGCACGGGGGAUCCCUCUCAUCCCUGAGCAGGCCCAGGCCCAGGCAAUCACUCUGACCCCUCAGCAGGCCCAAGCACUGGGGAUCACUCUGACCCCUCAGCAGGCACAGGCACAGAGGAUCACUCUGACCCCUCAGCAGGCCCAGGCACAGGGGAUCUCUCUCACCACUGAGCAGGCCCAGGCACUGGGGAUCACUCUGACCCCUCAGCAGGCACAGGCACGGGGGAUCACUCUCACCCCUCAGCAGGCCCAGGCAAUCAAUCUGACCCCUCAGCAGGCCCAGGCACAGGGGAUCACUCUGACCCCUGAGCAGGCCCAGGUACUGGGGCUCACUCUGACCCCUCAGCAGGCACAGGCAGGGGGGAUCACUCUGACCCCUCAGCAGGCCCAGGCACAGGGCAUCACUCUCACCCCUGAGCAGGCACAGGCACUGGGGAUCCCUCUCACCCCUGAGCAGGCCCAGGCACAAGGGAUCACUCUGACCCCUCAGCAGGCCCAGGCACAGGGGAUCACUCUCACCCCUCAGCAGACCCAGGCACAGGGGAUCACUGUGACCCCUGAGCAGGCAGAGGCACUGGGGAUCACUCUCACCCCUGAGCAGGCACAGGCACUGGGGAUCACUCUCACCCCUGAGCAGUUCAAGGCAUUGCUGGUCACCCUCAGCCCUGAGAAAUGCCAGGGCUUGGGUUUCAUACACACCCUUGAGAAAGUUCAUGCAUGGGAGUCUCCUCUCACUGCAUCACAGGCCCAGAAAUUGGGUGUCCCUAUCACUCCAGAAAAUGCCUGGGUCCCAGCUGUCACUCUUACCCCUGAACAGACCCAGGCUUUGGGUGCCCCUCUCUCCUUAGAACAGGCUCAAGCAUUAGGUAUUUCUCUCUCUCCAGAACACUUCUGGGAAUCAGAUAAAUCAGACAAAUCCCAUGUCUUAGGAUUUCCCCUUACCCUUGAGCAAGUCCAGCCUUUGGGAGCUCCCUUCAUUCCAGGGCAAUCCCAUCCCAUGGGGGUAGAUGACCUAAAAUCAAGAGCACCUCUCAUUAAUGAACAGCUCUCACCACUUGGUGUCCAUCCUCUUUUAGAACAUACCCUGAAAGUUGGGAUUGUGCCUGUUACUGAUAAAUCUGUCACACCAAGUGCUCCUCACAUUUCUAAGAAGUUACCCACGUUGGAUCCUUCCAGUCUUAGAUCACUUCAAAAAUUGAAGGCUUCUGUCCUUCCUAGGCAAUCCCCAGCAUCUGCUGCUAUUGCUGAGAAAUCCUCUGCAUUGGAGGUCUCUCCUAUUCCUUUGCAGAUAUCACAGUCUCCUCUCUCCCAAGCCCCUGGUAAAUCACUAGGAGUGAGAAUUCGUUCUGAGCCUGGGAAACUCCUUGCACCACAGACUUUUCCUUCCUCUAAACAGACCCUGUUUUCUAAAGGUCAAUCCACCUCUGUUGAGUUUGUAGCACCAGAGGUCCCACUGACUCCUGAGAAAUUUCCCAUAGCUGAGACCCUGCCAACUUCAGGGCAGCCUCUUACACUGGAGACCCUUCUCGGCCUUCAGCAGUUCUUUUCCUCUUGGGGCUCUAGGACUCCUCAGCUACCUCUGAUAUCAGAAGCCCCUCUGGUCUCCAGGCAGCCCCUUAUAUCUGGAGUCCCACUCACCUCUGCACAGAUUCCUGAUCUCUUGGCUCCUCUUUCUCCUAGGAAGCCCUUGGUUCCUGGAACCUCUUCCAUCCAUGGGGAGCUCCUGGAACCUAGACCCUUAAUACUCUCUGAGCAGCCCCAGGCAUUCCAGCCCGCUGCUACCUGUGAUCAAUCUCGCUAUCUACAAGCCCCUUCUCCCCUUGGGCAGCGUCAAGCUUCCCCACUGUGGAUCCCUCCCACCCCUGGGCAUCUUCCAACAUUAUGGACCUCUCCAACUCCUGGAAAGCCCCUGAAAGAUUUGUCCUCUUCUGUCCCCAAGAAAAGUAAGGAAAGAUUGGCAAUUAUUUCUUCUCUGAAACCUAAUUCAGCAUUUGUUCAUCCCAGUGCUACUGAUUUCAAGGUAACUCAAGCCCCUUUCACCACUAAGAAGUUCCAAAUAUCAGAGGCGUCUGACACUUUGGAAGAAAUCCCGAUAUGCCAUGAUCCUAUUGCCAUGGAACAAUUUAGAACAUUUCAGUCCUAUCUCACCAAUUACAGGACACCAGUAUCACAAACCCCUUACAUUCCGACUCUCAUGAAGCCUAUAACAUCACUACCCUCUCUUACGACUAAACUACCCAAAACAUCACAGAUCUCAUCUUCUGAAUGGGACCAGAAAUCCAAGUUCUCCCCUAUAGACAAGUCCUGGAUGCUGACUUCAGUUUCAGGUACCAAGAAACCCAAGAUGCUGGUGCCCCCUUCCACUCCCCAAGAGCUCAAAGAGCAGAGAUAUUUUGUUGAUGUAGAGGCUCAGAGAAAGAACCUGAUACUCUUAAAUCAGGCCACAAAAGCUUCUGGACUUCCUUCACAACUACACACAACAGCUAGGAAUCUCAUAAUUGAGACACUUCAUACGGACACAGUUCGGCUGGGAUACUUAUUCCACAAGUACAUUGCUUACAGGCUGAUCCAGCGUGCAAGAAACAACCUAAUCAGGCGAUUACAAGUGAUCAAAAACACCGGGAAAGGUUAUGAAACCCGGAACCUCUACAUAAUGCUGAGCAGAAUUGAUGAGUACCAGAAAAAGGUGAUGCAGGUCUGGACCAACAAGCAGAAGUCUUUAGAGCAGAAACGGAAUCAGUGCCUGAGGAAAAUGAUAUUCCUAUUUAGCCAGCUUCAACAGACAUAUAGAUUGAAUCUUAGUCAACCUAUCCCUUGCAUCAUCGACAAAAAGCAGAUACCUGCCUCUACCAAAUCUGUUCAACAAUCAUUCCUAGAGCUGCUAAUAGAAGACAGAAAGUCUGACACAUUGAAGAAAUUUCGACAAGAAGACCAAAUGGAAGCCAUCUGGAAUGCUGAUCUGUCAACUUCAAGCUACCCAGUAACAGAGAAGACAUCAAUACAUUCACUCUGGGCCCAGCUGGGUGGGUACCCAGAUAUUCCUAUGCUACUCCAGUUAGAUGUUCAAUCUACCUUCAGAAAAUCUCUUGGAUCCAUUAAAUCACAGUUUAAGAAGAUUCCCAAGUGACUGUAAAAUUAAAUACAAGCAUGUUGAAAGUAAAUUUCAAAGUUACA